AUGCAUCCGGAGCCCGCCCCGCCCCCGAGCAGCCACAGCCCGGAGCUUCCCCCCGGUGCGGGCAGCACCACCAGCGGCAGCCGCCGGAGCCGUCGUCGCAGCGGGGACGGGGAGCCCCCCGGGUCCCCGCCGCCCCCGCCCGCCGUCACCUACCCGGACUGGAUCGGCCAGAGUUACUCCGAGGUGAUGAGCCUCAACGAGCACUCGAUGCAGGCGCUGUCCUGGCGCAAGCUGUACUUGAGCCGCGCCAAGCUCAAAGCCUCUAGCCGGACCUCGGCUCUGCUGUCCGGCUUCGCCAUGGUGGCCAUGGUGGAGGUGCAGCUGGACAAUGACCACGAGUACCCGCCGGGCCUGCUCAUCGCCUUCAGCGCCUGCACCACCGUGCUGGUGGCCGUGCACCUGUUUGCCCUCAUGAUCAGCACCUGCAUCCUGCCCAACAUCGAGGCCGUGAGCAACGUGCACAACCUCAACUCGGUCAAGGAGUCCCCGCACGAGCGCAUGCACCGGCACAUCGAGCUGGCCUGGGCCUUCUCCACCGUCAUCGGCACGCUGCUCUUCCUCGCCGAGGUCGUGCUGCUCUGCUGGGUCAAGUUCCUGCCACUCAAGAAGCAGGCGGGCCAGCUGCGGCCCACCAGCAAGAGCCCCGCGGCCAGCGGCUCCAACGGCAGCGUGGACGGCAUCACGCCGGGCCAGGCGGCCGCCAUCGCCUCCACCACCAUCAUGGUGCCCUUCGGCCUGGUCUUCAUCGUCUUCGCCGUCCACUUCUACCGCUCCCUGGUCAGCCACAAGACAGACCGGCAGUUCCAGGAGCUCAAUGAGCUGGCCGAGUUCGCCCGCCUGCAGGACCAGCUGGACCACAGAGGGGACCACCCCCUGACGCCUGGCAGCCACUAUGCCUGA